GGAGGCGGCUCCACGCCUGGUGCUGGCACCGUGUCACCCGGGGAAUCGUGGCCAGGCAGAACCACGGCGGCGACCCGGGAGCACGUGCCCAGCUCGGUGUGGCUCCGGUUCGCUCGUGGAUGGCGCUGGGGACGGGGUUCAGGUUUGCGCCGACGCCUGCCGGACACUGACCCAGCUGAGGAUUAGGGACACCCACUGUGAGCAGGGGACCCUGAGGCUGCCACCUCCAGAAAGUGCCAGGUCUGCGAGGGAAAGGGUGAUGUGCCGUGCUCCAGCUGCUGCUUGCUGAGCCUGAGGAGGAGUUUUGGAGCCUGCCUGGGACACUCCCCUGACACAGCAGCACCCCAAUCCCAACGGGCAGCACCAAGCCUGUGACACACCGUAGCCCUUAAGCCAAGGAGACAUCGGACCAAGCCUGAGGGGGUCAAGGGCCACGUCCUUCUUUCCUAACCUGGUGUCAAUUCCUGCCCUGACACCCCGACAGCACUGCCCUCACCCCCUGGCAGCCCCCUCCAGGGCUGCCUCCCCCCGGCACUGCCCAGCUUUGGCCCCCAGCCCCGCUGGAGCGCGGCAGCCUGCCGGGCGCUGCCCCCCGGGCACUGCCCCCCGGGUGCAUCGCCCCCCGCCCCCCCGGGGACCCCCCGCCUGCCGGCAGAGCCAUGAAGCUGCAGGCGGUGAUGGAGAACCUGCAGCGGCAGCAGCGCGCGCGGCUGCAGCAGGCGCUGGAAGCACGGCAGCAGGAGCAGCAGCAGCAGCCGCGCUGCACGUCCCCCCCGGCGCAGCCCUCGCAGCCCCCGGGGCAGCCCCCUGCCAGCAGCCGGGGCCGUGGGCAGGAUGCAGCCCCGGCGCCCUCGGAGGAGGGAGCGGAGCCCGAGAGCGCGCACAUCCAGCGGGCACAGAUGGCUGCCCUGGCUGCCAUGCGGGCGGCCGCCGCCGGCCUCAGCCACUCGCCCAGCCCGGGGCUGUCGGAUGAGAGCCAGGCCUCCGAGGAGGAGGAAGAGGAGGAGCGCGGAGAGGAGGAGGAAGAUGGCGGCGGGUACCAGCAGGAGAUGGGCUCUGAGGAGGAGGAGGACCUAAAGGGCAAAUGGGACGAAGAUGACUUUGAAGAGGACCUGGGUGAGGAGGAAGAGGAAGAAGAAGAGGAGGAGGAAGAGGAAGACUACGAGGAAGAAGAAGACAUGGGAGAGGAAGGGCUCAGCUCAGCAGAGGCGGUGCGGGCGGGUGCGGGAUCCCUGCUGCUCCGCAAGCCCCCAGCACCCCAGCACUACCGGGGGGAGCCCCCACGGCUGCCAGGGGGGCAGGAGCGGCUGCCCCCCGGCCUGGGCCACGCUCAGCCCCCACCACCAGCACCCGACCAUGGCGACUGGACCUACGAGGAGCAGUUCAAGCAGCUGUAUGAGCUGGAUGGUGACCCCAGGAGGAAGGAGUUUCUGGAUGACCUCUUCAGCUUCAUGCAGAAGCGAGGGACCCCCGUGAACCGGAUCCCCAUCAUGGCCAAGCAGGUGCUGGACCUGUACAUGCUGUACACGCUGGUGACCGAGAAGGGGGGUCUGGUGGAGGUCAUCAACAAGAAGCUGUGGCGGGAGAUCACCAAGGGACUGAGCCUGCCCACCUCCAUCACCAGCGCGGCCUUCACCCUGCGCACCCAGUACAUGAAGUACCUGUACCCCUACGAGUGUGAGAAGCGUGGGCUGAGCAACCCCAACGAGCUGCAGGCGGCCAUCGACAGCAACCGGCGGGAGGGCCGGCGGCAGGGCUUCGGGGGCUCCCUCUUUGCCUACUCACCUGGUGGCACCCACGGCCUCCUCUCCUCGCCCAAGCUGCCAGUGCCGGCGCUGGGGCUGGCAUCUGCCACCAACGGCGGGGCCAUCACACCAGGCCAGAAGAUCAAGAAAGAGGAGGACUCUCCCAUCCCCAUCUCCAUGCCCAGCCGGCUCCCGGUGUCACUGGCCGGGCACCCCGUGGUGGCAGCGCAGGCGGCCGCGGUGCAGGUGGCAGCAGCCGCCCAGGCCGCGGCGCUGGAGCAGCUACGAGAGAAGCUGGAGUCGGGGGAGCCCCCGGAGAAGAAGCUGGCGCUGGUGACGGAUGAGCAGCAGCGGCUGAUGCAGCGGGCGCUGCAGCAGAACCUCCUGGCCAUGACGGCCCAGCUGCCCAUGAGCAUCCGCAUCAACAGCCAGGGCACACGCUCGCCAGGUCAGUGCCGGCCCCGGCCUCCCGCCCCCGCCCAGCUCCCGGCCCCGGCGGGCUCCGUAACGCGGCUCUCCCCGGCAGAGAACCGCCCGGACGCCGCUGCCGCCAGCAGCAACGGCACCAACAGCAUCAGCAUGUCCGUGGAGAUCAACGGCAUCGUCUACACAGGUGUGCUGUUCGCCCAGACGCCCGGUCCUUCCUCCUCCUCUUCCUCCUCCUCCUCCUCUGCCUACAGCAAAGGCAACGGCGGCAGCCGGAGCAGCGGCGGCAGCGGGGUGGGGAGCGGCGGGGGGAACGUGCCCCCCACCCCGGCCGGCCUGGCCGUGCCCCCCAGCUCUACCUCCAACAGCGCUUCGCCUUAAUGCCCCCGAGCCUCGGGGCACCGGCGCCCGUGGGGGGACGGGGUCGCACCGGGGCUCGCCGGGGUCUUCUGGGGUCUCUCUCUGGGGUCUCACUCGAGGUCUUGCCAGGGUCUCUCUGGAGUCUCAACAGGAUUUCACCGGGAUCUCACCAGGGUUUCAUUGAGAUCUCGCCUGGGAUCUCACCAAGGGUCUUGCCCGAGGUCUUGCCAGGGUCUGUCUGGGGUCUCGCCUGAGGUUUUGCCAGGAUCCCUCUGGGGUCUCAACAGGAUUUCACCGGGAUCUCACCAGGGUUUCACUGAGAUCUCGCCUGGGUCUCACUGAGAUCUCACCAGGGUUUCAUUAAGAUCUCACCUGGGUCUCACUGAGAUCUCACCAGGGUUUCAUUAAGAUCUCACCUGGAUCUCACUGAGAUCUCACCAAGGGUCUCCCCUGAGGUCUUGCCAGGGUUUCUCCAGGGUCCUCUCAGGCUCUCGAUGGACUCUGCCCUUGUUCUUGUGUUGUUGGAUUUUCCUUUUCCAGGCAGAAAAGCUUUAGCCCGGGGGGUUUUGCCGGAGCCGCCGGCUGUCCGGCUGCGCCGCUCCGGGACCGUUUACCUCACUCACAUCACACUUUGCACUGUACAUUUAUUAUUAUUAUUAUUAUAAUUAUUGUUAUUUUUUAACUCGUGUUACCUCCAGACAGACGCACGGACGCCUGCCGACACGAGCUCUAGCGAAACCCCCCGGAAUUCUAAAGGAAAAAAAAAAAAAAACCAAACCAAAAA